UCCACCAUCGCAGAACCAACUUCAAAAUACAAAAAAUGGGAUCAUCCUCUGUUCAUGUCAAGGAGUCCGUCAUGAUUACCCCCUCCGACCCAACUCCAUCUUGCGUCCUUUCUCUUUCAGCUCUCGAUUCUCAGCUUUUUUUACGCUUCACUAUAGAGUAUCUCUUGGUCUACAGGGCUCAACCGGGGUUAGACCCAUGUGCUGUCACGGCUCGUAUCAAGGCUGCCCUAGGUAAAGCCUUGGUCCCAUAUUACCCGUUAGCCGGUAGGGUCAGGGCUAAGCCUGAUGGGUCCAGUCUCGAGGUCUUGUGCCGAGCCCAGGGUGCGGUCUUCGUUGAAGCUGUAUGUGAUGACCAGUCCAUUAGCGAUUUCGAAAGGGCGCCGAGGUAUGUUUCUCAGUGGAGGAAGCUGCUGUUUUUCCAAGUGGCGGAUGUUCUACAAGGGGCCCCACCGCUCGUCCUCCAGUUGACGUGGCUAAAAGACGGCAAUGCCACGCUUGGAGUUGGGAUGAGCCACUGUAUCUGCGACGGUGUCGGGAGUGUCGAGUUUCUCAACUCGUUCUCUGAGUUAGCUAAACUCGGGGAGACUAAACAGAAACCUGUAUGGGAUCGCCACCUUCUAAACCCAUCACCUGUAAAGCCUCCGCGGCUGAUUCAUCCCGAGUUCAACCGAGUUCCGGACCUCUGCUCGUUCUCGGCUCGUUUCUCUAAUGAGAGACUACUUACUCCCACCUCAAUAACCUUUGAGAAACGAAGUCUGAACGAGUUAAAGAAACUCGCUCUCUUGACAACUCGGCUGUCUGAGUCAUCACUCACUUCCUUCGAAGUUCUCUCCGCCCAUGUAUGGCGGAGCUGGGCUAGAUCAUUAAACCUACCCCAAAAUCAAAUCUUGAAACUCCUUUUUAGCAUCAACGUACGGAACCGUGUCAAGCCGAGUCUUCCCCGCGGGUUCUACGGCAACGCGAUGGUGUUGGGGUGCGCGCAGAGCAGCAUGAAGGAGCUGGAACAGAAGGGUUUGGGGUACGCUGCAAUGUUAGUGAAGAGGGCUAAGGAGAGAGUGGACAGCGAAUACGUGAAAUCUGUGGUGGAAUCGGUGAACGGGGGGAGGGCCAGUCCAGACUUGGUGGGGGUCUUGAUAAUGUCGCAGUGGUCAAGGCUGGGGUUGGAUAUGGUUGACUUUGGGAUGGGCAGACCGGUCCAUGUAGGACCCGUGUGCUGUGAUAGGUACUGUUUGGUUUUACCAGGGUGCAAUAGGGCUGAAGCGGUGAAGGUGAUGGUGGCAGUGCCCAGUAAUAGCGUUGACAAAUAUGAGUUUUUGGUCAGGAGUUUGUCCUCGUAAGGACCACUUGAUUUUGGCUUUUUUGUUGACUUGUGUUCUUAGUUUAUAAUUUAGUUUGACUUCUUUCGUUUCAGCUUUAUAUAUAUGUAACUGAACUGAUUGAUCUACCCUAACUUGACUUCCAUGAUUUCUCUUUUCCUUCCUUUCUCUUUUAUUUUCUCUUAACUUUUUUUUAUUUCUUUUGGUAAAUAAGUUGAUAGCAUUAGA